AAACAGUGAUUCAAAGAGAGACAAACACCCGUCCUGCUUCCAUCCCCUCCUCUGACCCGGGUCUGGUUCUGUCGUCGAGGGACAUUUUGAGGUGGAUUUUGACUGAGAAGAAGGAGCUUCAUUUGUCCCUGGUUCCAGGCUGCAGCCUCCCCCCCUUCCUCUCUCCCAGUAAGGCUCAGUAACCCCACCCCCCCACCCCUCCAUCCUCAUCAUGGCGCCCUCCCUGGCCACGGCGUUCGCCCGCCGCUGGUGGAUGGCGGUGACGGCGGUGAUUGAGAACCUGCUGUUCUCCGCCGUGCUGCUGGGCUGGGGCUCGCUGCUCAUCAUGCUCAAAUCGGAGGGCUUCUACUCGUACCUGUGCAAGAAACCAGAAAACAGCUCCAGCCUCAACAUCUCCAACAUCUCCUUCUCUGCGUCGUCGGACACCGAGGAAUACCUGGAGAUGAACGGCUGGCAGAUCUGUAAAGACCAGGACGAGAUGUUGAACCUGGCCUUCACCGUGGGCUCCUUCCUGCUGUCCGCCAUCACCCUGCCCAUGGGCAUAGUCAUGGACAAGUACGGUCCAAGGAAGCUACGUCUCCUGGGCAGUGCCUGCUUUGCCUUCUCCUGCCUCCUCAUCGCCUACGGUGCCAAUGACCCCAACAAUCUCUCCAUCCUCAUCUUCUUCGCUCUGGCGUUGAACGGCUUUGGAGGCAUGUGCAUGACCUUCACCUCGCUCACACUCCCCAGCAUGUUUGGAGACCUGAGGUCGACCUUCAUCGCUCUGAUGAUCGGAUCCUACGCCUCCUCCGCCGUCACCUUCCCCGGCAUCAAGGUGAUCUACGAUCUGGGCGCCACCUUCAUCAUCAUCCUGCUGGUCUGGGCUGCCUGCGCCUGCCUCGUCUUCCUCAACUGCUUCGUCAACUGGCCUCUGGAGCCCUUCCCCGGCCCCGAGGACAUGGACUACACGGUUAAGAUCAAGUUCAGCUGGCUGGGCUUCGACCACAAGAUCACGGGGAAGCAGUUUUACCGGCAGGUGACGACGGUGGGCCGCCGCCUCAGCGUGGGAAACUCCAUGAAGCAGCAGCAGCCCAACAAGGACCUGGCGACGCAGGAGGCCAACAAACUGUGCCUGUCCACCGUCGACCUGGAGGUCAAGUGCAAGGACCAGGAGCAGACUCAGUCCUUCAUGAAGAGUAUCUUCAGCCCCAUCUUCAUGCUGAGCCUCAUCACCAUGUGUGUGACACAGCUUCGCCUCAUCUUCUACAUGGGAGCCAUGAACACCAUCCUGGAGUCUCUGACGGAGGGAGACCUCAGCACAGUGGAGAAGAUGCAAGUGGUGAGCGUCUACACCUCGAUCUUCGGCGUCCUGCAGCUCCUGUGUCUGAUCACCUCUCCUGUGAUCGGCUACGUGAUGGACUGGAAGCUCAAAGACUGUGAGGACGACAAGGACAAGGUCACCCCGAGGGAGCCGGGUCAGCCUCGGCGCCCCGACAAACAGAUCCAGAAGAUCAUUAAUGCCACCCGAGCUUUCGUCUUCACCAACCUGCUGCUGGUCGGCUUCGGAGCCAGCUGCCUCGUGCGCAACCUGCCGCUGCAGAUCCUCUCCUUUAUCUUGCACACGAUCGUCCGAGGGUUCAUCCACUCUGCAGUCGGAGGCCUGUACGCUGCUGUGUACCCGUCCUCUCAGUUCGGCAGCCUGACGGGGAUGCAGUCUCUGAUCAGCGCUCUGUUCGCCCUCCUGCAGCAGCCCCUCUUCAUGGCCAUGGUCGGACCGCUGGAGGGAGACCCACUCUGGGUGAACGUGGGCCUGCUGGCGGUCAGCAUGCUGGGGUUCUGCCUCCCGCUCUACCUGCUGUGCCACAGCCGGACGCUGCAGCGCCUCCGGGACGAGCGCCUGGACGACCCCAAGAUCUACGUCAAGGCCAACGAGGACAGCAAGCCCGAGGCCUUCGUCUGAACUGGGGGGGAGGAGGAGAGAGAGGACGAGUUACACCCAAAUACAGAAGAGAGGGGGGAGAGAGAGAGAGAGAGAAGGGGGAGGGAGGUAACCUCAGAAGAAGACUCACAAAUCCCUCACUUUUCCUCCUACUUUCACUCUCACCCUUUCACUGCCAAUAAGGAUUGGUCGACUCUCUGUGUCUCCCCCUCUCUGAUGCUGGUGACUGAGACACCGGACACACACACACACACACACACACACACACACACACACACACACACACACACACACACACACACACACACACACACACACACACACACCUUUCUACCCAAAAAAAGAAGAAGAAGUUGAAGAAGACGAAGGAGAAGCCGAUGGAAUCGGGAUAUGGAAGAGCAAUUCGUUUUUUUGAAUUGCAUUUCCUUUGGGACACACACACACACACACACACACACACACACACACACACACACACACACACACACACACACACACACACACGGACUCCCUCGACUGGUUUAACCUCUGACAGAAACAAACACAGAAGAAGAAGACGACAGCCAAUGGAAACAAAGAUUCUGAAGAACAGCAAUGUGUUUUGAGGACUUGCACAUCCAUUGGGAGACACACACACACACACACACACACAUGCACACACUCACUCCCGCGUUUGCAUCACUCUGGGAUGGUCGACUGGUUUAACCUGCCAAAAAAAACCACAGAAGAAGAAGAUUUCAACCAAUGUGAAACCACGAUGAGGAGAUUUUGGAGAAGAAAAAUGUGCGUGUGCUUUUAAAUUCACCUCACAGACACUGACGACCUCUUGUCUUCGUGUCUAAGACUCACAUGUCCUCUGACACACACACACACACACACACACACACACACACACACACACACACACACACACACACACACACACACACAAUGUGUAGGGCAUUAAUAGCUGGCAGUAUUGGUAGCCGUUCAGGUUGAAACACACAGAAACGUUAUGGUAGAAAACUGUGUGAGAUGAUCGACACUGCAUGAUGUCAGAGAGAGAGCUGCCCCCCCAUCAGGGACGUGCAUACACUGUCGCCUCUGCAGGACACAGAGAACUGUUUAAAAAAAAAAAAAUGUCAGUGGAAAACUUUAAGAGCAUUUUUAAAUAAAUGCAUUUUAAAAAAUAAGGAAAAAUGAUCUAAAAAUACAGAAAAAAACAAACAGAUUUUUUAGAUUUGAGAUGCAUUCAUGUUGACUUGUGGUGAGUUCAAGUGCAUGCUGUAAAAUCGGCGCACAUCCACUCGGUGCACGUCCCUGACUUUAUUACCUUUCACUCAGUGCAGGAACUCUACUUUUUUAACGUGUGCUUUUUCGUUUCACUUGUGAUUUGUGUGAAAUUGUUUUUCUCAAACGUAUUUUCCUGCAAUAUGAUCGCUGAUAUCGAGUCUUUGCUCCCCAUGUACAUGAUGUUGGCGGUGGGUGUGAGGAUAUAGAGUAGGUAGACACAGAUAUUAGACGUGGGGUGUGUUUUUAAAGUGUGUUUUCCACCUGCUACACACACACACACACACACACUCACACGUCGUUCGUUGUAGCAAUAAGUGCUUCUGUGAGGUGCUGGGCAUCCUAUCACACAGGUAUAUGUCAAUCAAAAGGUGCUAAUUGAAUCCAUCGUUAGUGCAGUUUUGCUUUAUCCAAUUAACUACAUGACUAUUGUCCAAUGACGCAGAGGAUCAGGUUACAGUUUCAGAUAAUUAACUUUGCACUUUGAUGUUUGGGGCGUAAUCUGCCCGGCAACACAAAGUGCAAACCACAGCAUCAUGCCUAAAAGACUUGAAUUUUUAGAAUGGACAGUAUAUGGAGGUUUUCCUGAAGGUAGCAGGCUGAUGACAUCCUGAAGAGCUUCUGAGGAAAUGAUAUUGUAACGAGACUUUGAGAAAAAAACACCCCAAAAAAGUUGGAUUUAAGAGGAGUUCUGUUGUUUUUUUGCGAGUAAAUUCAAUCAAAUUCUCUUCCCUCUUCUCUAAUAAUUAGUAAAACAUAAACCUUAAAGCCUCUACAAUAUUCAUUCGUCAGGGAGAAGAGGAGUGUAUUAAAAGUUCCUAAAAAUAGCGGUGACCCUUAAAAUCCUGCUCAAAAUUCAUCCAAAUUGCUCCAUUUUCACAAUCUGUUACUUCCCUUAAUUGGGAUCAUUGCUGAAGGGGUUGUCAGACAGAUAGAAAAGAGGUCUUUUAGAGGAAAAGGGUUGUAGUGAUUGAUCCAGAGAGAUCAUAUAAGGCAUAACCUCAGUUUUCUUCAGCCUGCUGCCCCUCAGAUGACUUCCUGCCGCAGUAACUCACAGAGGCACUUCCAAAGAUGGCAGUGACCCUCAGAGUGCCUCUCUUCAGUUCCUGUCUACAUUGAAAACGUGAUUACACUGAUAGGGUAUUCUUUGGAUGAACUUGAAUGCACACACAGAAAGUAUCUCCACUCCACCUUGAGCAAUUCUUACAAAUGAAACGACCCAAUUAACUUCAAUUGGACGAACAGAAUUGCUUAUGUGAAAGAAAGCCUUUCAAUGUUGUGUUAAUGCUUCCUGUGUUUCAUUCAGCUUCAUCCAGAGAGUUAUUUUGGAGUGAAGACAGGGGUGGAUCCAUGUUCCCUCCCCUCCCCCCUCCCCCGAGCUGAGAGACCAGCCUCUGAAUGACUUCAGGUGCUCUCCGUGAAUGAUUAGAAACAAAUGGCACACGAUGCACUUUACACCCCGAGAUAUGGACCUCAGUCCCGAUGCAAAGAAUGUAAACUCCAGACUCAGAACGUAGACGGACGGAAAGAUAUUUUUUUAUAUAUUCACAGAUUUUAAACCUGUUACUAUUAUAUCGCCUUUAAGUGCACGGAGGGUCUCGGAGGUGUGUCUCUCAGCUCACUAUGACCCUCGUUGUCAUCGGAUAUAUUCAUCUUUAUUAAAGUGCAUGACCGUGAGGAGAGAGAACUGUAAGGUGUGAAACGGGCGGGGAUUAUUCACACGUGUUUGUUGGAAAGUUUGGACGUAGAAAGGAAAUGUAAGGAAGCCCAAAAGUGCCAUUUUUCAAGCUGUGUUUGAGUAUAAAAGAUAUGUCUUGAGAUGAUUUGACUUACUUAUACUUAAUUCAUCCUUUAUGUUAAAAUAAAUAAUUGUUUUGAGCAAAGAUAAGAGGAUUUUCUGGGCUGCGGCUGCAAGGUGCGGUCAUUUUCAAGAUGACAAAAUGAAUUUAGAAUCAAAAGAAAAACACUUCAUGAGUUAAACUGCAUAGUCUUUGUAUUUAUCGACUAAAUACAACCUUUCUAAUUUGAAAAGAGACAGAAAUAUCUUCAUAUUUUGAGAAAAAACUAAAAAAGAUGACUCGUUAAAAAUGACCGUUGUGGGCUUCCGUACUUUUUCAUUUCAACUGUUGGUAUAGGAAAUAAAAGGUGUUCUAUAUAAUG